GUUUUUGGGAAGACGGGCUAGAGAAUUCUCAAAUCAGGAAAAUUUUCAACCUGAAUGAUGUCAGACGAUCCAGAAAUGGUAGAGGCUGUGGUAUGUAACAUGAAAGACUUGCCAGAAAAACAGGAAUUUAUGAAAGAGGUUGACGUGGGUUCUUCAGGCAAAUGUCUUCUAAUAUUGAACAAAAAUGGAGAUUUGACAGCGCUCGGUCAUAAAUGCACACAUUAUGGCGCGCCGCUUGCCAGGGGAGCGUUAAACAAUGGUAGGAUUCGGUGCCCGUGGCACGGAGCAUGUUUUAGUGCAACGACUGGAGACAUCGAAGAUUACCCGGGACUCGAUUCUCUGCCCAAAUAUCAGGUCAUAGUGGACGACGAGAGUGGGGAUGUUAAAGUUAGGGCCAAACUUGAACACUUGAAGGUAGGAAAAAGAAAUGCAUGCAUGGAUACGGAAAUUCGCUCGGAUGGACAGCAACAUACCGAACAGAGAAUAGUUAUUAUUGGAGGCGGCCCAGCGUCUAUUGUCUGUGUGGAAACGUUACGCAAAGAAGGUUUCACUGGCAGCAUAAUCAUUGUAUGUAAAGAACCACAUCCUCCAUAUGACCGCGCAAAACUGAGCAAGGCCCCCGAUGCAAUACCACAAGAUGUUUAUCUCAGGGGCGAUUUGAAAUAUUACGACGACAUAAAAGUGGAUCUUCGAUUAAACACGGAAGCUCUUUCGGUAGACGCCGAACAAAAAAAAGUUGUUACCCGCGCUUGUGACGAGAAUGAAGACCGAUCAAUUAGUUUCGAUCGUCUGUUUAUUGCUACAGGCGGAACACCACGGACGCUGCACCCCAUGACUGGUUUCGAUUGUAACAAUAUAUUCGUUUUACGCACCGUGGACGACGCUAAUAAAUUAGCAUCACAAUGCAAGGAUAAAAGAGUGGCACUUGUUGGCUCCUCUUUCAUUGCUAUGGAGAUAGCAGCGUUUCUGGCAAAGAAGAAAGAAAGCACAUCUCUCUCCGUGAUCUGCGGUCGAAGAUCAAAUGUUCCCUUUCAAUCAUCGUUGGGACCGGACAUAGGUGGUCGCAUAAUGAAAAUGCACGAGGAAAAGGGAAUCAAAUUCUAUACAUCUGUCGGAGUUGCAGAGUUGAAGUGCAAUGACGAAAAGAACGUCACUCAUAUCCGGCUUUCCGACGACACGGUUCUCGAAGUAGACCUGGUGAUUUUGGGAAUCGGAGUCACACCUUCGACCAACUUCUUGCAAUCAAGCAAAAUUGAGUUGGACGAUAAAGGUUUCAUCCCGGUCGAUGGAAAUAUGAAAACAAACGUAGACAGCGUGUAUGCUGGAGGUGAUGUUGUGACGUUUCCGCUUGGAAUGAAAGGAGGCGAGCGUUGUAACGUACAGCAUUGGCAAAUGGCCCACAAACAUGGAAGAAUAGCAGCGUACAGUAUCAUUAAAUCGUGUGAGGACUCUCAAGUCGGCGAUAGUCACGAAAAGGAUCAACAUGUUCAGUCAAUUCCCUUCUUCUGGACAGUCCAGUUUGGAAUCAGUAUAAGGUACGCGGGACACGGAGGAGGCUUCGAUAAUAUCAUAAUCAAGGGCGUAGGAAAAAAUGGAAAAAUCGUUAAAGCUGCCGAGGCCCUAUCAUCUAAAAAAUUUGUCGGGUUUUAUGUGAAGAAGGACCAUGUGAUAGCGGUGGCAACAAUGAUGGCUGAUCCAAUAGCUGCAAGGUUUGCAGAGCAUUUAAAAGACAAAGGCCCUCUGAAGGUAGAUCAGAUCGACAGUUUCUUGAAGGGUGACACUGGCGAUGAAGGGAAGGGACACGCCGAUAAAUGCUCAAUAAACUGAUGCGAAUUACACACGAAGUAAAUAUGAAAAACUUCAAGCGUAUUUGAGGAGCGAUUAAAACGUAUAGAAACUUGUCAGUACAACGAAAUGACAGUGCGAAGUGCAAGUUAUUAGUUGUAUUUUUAAACUGGCCUAAAUUGAAGUUACAGUAAUGCGUUUCAUUUUUUUCGCUCAUUCGCAUUGUGCAAUCGAAGAAUUCCUGUACAUAUCAUUCAUAUCAGAUAAUGAUUGACAUGUUUGUUUCCAUUUAUAUUAUUAAUAAACAAGAAUUGGAAAUAAGA